CAAAAUCAUAUCAUUUAGUUUUCACUAUACAUUUGGUUUAUGAACUCACGAAUUUUAGAGCAUGCUUUUAACAUCAUAAAGUUAUUCCCAUUUAAAUCUCAAUAUGACAAAUGUUUCAUUUUCUUUAACUUUGAAUUAAAACCAGUUAACACCAAUUAGCGCAAAGUUAGUGGCGGGAUGAGGGUACUUGAGAGGUGUUGAUGCAACUUGGUAUAUUUUUGACAGAGCAUAAAGUAACAGAGCUUCCCAUGAUCAUGUUACAGUGUUUUUGGCCACAGACCACAUUGUAGCAAUGUGCAUGUAAUUUACCUAGGUAUCUUAAUUUUAUGAGUAGGACAGAAAUACGAACAAUCAUGUUAUUUCAGUACGAGUGAUCUGUUGCUUCCGACCCAGUGCUUAUUAAAUGACAUAAUGCCAUGACUUUAUUGAAAUAUUACGAUAGAUUAUUCUUAAAAUACCAUUGCAUAUUGUACGAAACAUAAGCAUCACGACAGCAGGACAAGAAAAUCAAUAUAAACUAAAAUCGAUAGAAACAAAAUAGACCAAGCAAUGAUGCUGAUGCUUCCAUGAUAAGUAUACAUGCUCUAUAUAAAAUAAGGAGAAUGCAUAAGUGCUAGGCAUGUCCAGGUACAGAAAUUCCGAGCCUAAACACACAACUAAUAUUCCAACAUCUUAAUGAUAACUUACUUGGAAAACAAAUGAUUAAGUCUAAUGCAAGUGCAGGAGAAUAUAAUUUCAUAACACUGACAUUGUGUUUGCAAAAAAAGUAUUUGUGUUAUUACAUCAUUUUUCAUUUUUGAUUGUAAAAUUUGUAUAACGGACUCGAGCGCUAUGAUCAGUUCGGGCCUGUUAUGCCAUUCAACGUACCAAGCAAAUGACUUUACAAAGCCGCACACUCAACAAAAAACUAUGGGAGGAGGGGGGUCAUGUAUAAUUCGAAGAGACCCAGGUGUUAGAGGUUUGUGGCAAAAUGAUCCAUAAAUAUAUUUAAAAAGCAGAAAAUAUAGCCCUGUGUGCCUACUUAAAUAUCAAGAUAUUUUCACGAAAAUUAUAGUAUGACUUUUGUAUAUUUUUUUUCAUUAUUUAUUAAUUGCGUGUGUAAUUUUCGUAUGUUACCCUACAUUACAUUUCCACUAAACAGCAUGACACAAUAAUAUUGCGUUUUUGUAUUUUUCAGAAAACCGGACAAAACUUGUAUGAAGUAUGGGAAGAGAAGUCAUACAGGUUUGUCUAUUACUGGUGAAGAGAUUGAAACAGUUGUUUCCCCUGUUACUUUUCGCACUGACGUUUAUAUUCAUCGCACAAGAUCAAAUGACGACACCCGUGCGUAAACUACAAAAUUUAGGACGCAUUUCGUCCACAAAGUUUCGCCAAGUAGCAUUUUUCAAUAUGACGGUAACAUCACUUCCAGAAACAGUAAGAUCAACAUUGGCAGAUUCUAUUAAGUACAGCAUAAAUGGAGAAAGAAAUGCAGCUAGAAUAAGAAGUGUUUGUCAUAAGUAUCACUCGUUACAACAGCAGAUCCAACUUACUACGCGAUUUAACAGAAACAAUACCUUACUCUUUUGUCCUAUCUAUAAGGUCGGAACGACAUUUUGGAGACGAGUGUUUAUGAUAGACAGGGAGAAGAAAUACUCAAAACUUGUAAAUCCAUAUGAACUUCCUUUCGACAAAGAUUACCCAGCUACAAAAUUUAUAUGGAAAAGGAAUGUUACUACAACAUCAUACAAAGUAAUGUUCACACGAGAUCCUUAUAAUAGACUGUUUUCGUUCUUUGUAGACAAGAUGUUAGCCCCGAAUCCUUAUUUUUGGAAAUCGGUUGGGGUUAAAGUGGCUUAUCUGACGAGAGGAAUUCGGAGGGAAAAACUUAAAACUGUGUGUGGUCAUGACAUAACAUUUCUCGAAUUUAUUAAAUACGUUAUUCAUACACUUGAGACAAGAACAAAUAUUGAUCCGCAUUGGAUUGAAAUGGAAAGAAACUGUUAUCCAUGUGAAAUGAAGUAUGAUUUCGUUGGAAAAAUGGAAGAUUUUCAAAAAGAUUCUUCGCAAAUUCUAAAUAAACUUGGAUUAACAAAGAUGGCGUCAUUUCUUUGGGAAAAUGGAGAGAACGCUGCAGCUGAAGAUGCAAUAAAAGAUACGCUGAGUCAGCCAUUUUCAUUUCGUUCUAAAUAUAGAAGUUGCAUGUCUUUUAAAGACGCUGUACUGCGUGCCUGGCAGAAGUUACAAAUUAGAGGUCUCAUUGGAAAUGAUACUCUGGAUGUUUCAUUAAUUAACGAAAAGAUAACAAAACUUAGCGAUAUUAUUUUGCGUGCAAAGGAAUCUAGACAGUCAUCCACGACUCUUCAACGGAAAAAAAUAAAAAAUGAUAUGUUCAAAUACUUCUGGAGCGGUGUGCCUAUUAAUGACUUGUUGAAACUGCAAAAGCUUUACGCGAAAGACUUUGAACUUUUUGAUUAUGAAAAAAGUCCCUCUAUAUUAUUUCAGUUGAACGUAGCUUCUUGAAAAUUAUAAAAAGUAAGCAAUUAAGCCAUGUACAUGUAUAGAUAAGCGUAAAUCAAGCGUUGAUGAUCACAUACAUGCGAACGUGGAAGACGCCUUACCUUAUGUUAAUGAUUUCAAUAUUAAUGUUUCUUCGUCCUCUGUAGUUUUAAUGCUUGGGAUUGAGAUCCAUGUGUGGAAGUCGUUUAUUGUUGUCAUAAAGUUUGUGAUUAAAAGUAACGUUGGUAUCUGAAGCAAUUUGUGUUAUCAAAGAGAGUAUGAAAUCCAACAUUCAAUGAUUUGAAGUUGGUAUGAUG